GGAAGUGACGUUGUGUGGGGCGUGUCCGGUCCAGCACAAUGGGCCAUGGAGUUCCCGUUCGAUGUGGAUGCGCUGUUCCCGGAGCGGAUCACCGUGCUGGACCAGCACCUGCGGCCUCCGGCCCGCCGACCCGGAACCACAACGCCUGCCCGUGUGGACCUGCAGCAGCAGAUCAUGACCAUCGUGGACGAGCUGGGCAAGGCCUCUGCCAAGGCCCAGCAUCUUCCUGCACCCAUCACCAGCGCCUCAAGGAUGCAGAGUAACCGCCAUGUCAUCUAUGUCCUGAAGGGCACGUCAGCCCGGCCGGCAGGGAAAGGAGCCAUUAUUGGCUUCCUCAAAGUUGGAUACAAGAAGCUCUUUGUACUGGAUGACCGCGAGGCGCACAAUGAGGUAGAACCGCUUUGCAUUCUGGACUUCUACAUCCACGAGUCGGUGCAGCGGCACGGCCACGGACGAGAACUCUUUGAGUAUAUGUUACAGAAAGAGCGAGUCGAGCCACACCAACUGGCCAUCGAUCGACCCUCACCAAAGCUGCUGAGGUUCCUGAGCAAGCACUACAACCUGGAGAGCACAGUCCCGCAGGUGAACAACUUCGUGAUCUUCGAAGGCUUCUUUGCCCAUCAGCACCGGCCCCCCACUUCCUCUCUGAGGGCAGCUCGGCACUCUCGCACUGCUGCGGUCGAUCCCACGCCCGCUGCCCCAGCACGGAAGCUGCCACCAAAAAGAGCAGAGGGAGACAUUAAGCCAUACUCCUCCAGUGACAGAGAAUUCCUAAAGGUGGCUGUGGAACCUCCUUGGCCCCUGAACAGGGCCCCUCGCCGUGCCACACCUCCAGCCCACCCACCUCCACGCUCUAGCAGCCUGGGAAACUCACCAGAUCGGGGUCCCCUCCGGCCCUUCGUGCCAGAGCAGGAGCUGCUCCGCUCCCUGCGUCUCUGCCCCCCACACCCUACUGCCCGCCUUCUGCUGGCCACUGACCCUGGGGGCAGCCCAGCACAACGCAGACGCACCAGGGGGACUCCCCCGGGGCUGGUAGCCCAGAGCUGCCACUACAGCCGCCACGGGGGAUUCAGUACCUCAUCCCCGAGCACAGGCAACCAAGAACGGAAGGAGGGGGCGCAGGAAGCAGAGCAUAGGUCGGCCAGUGAGGACCAGGUCUUGUUGCAGGAUGGGUCUGGGGAGGAACCACCGCACACGGUCGCCCCACCCCCACCAGCCGAGUCCUGGACGGUGGGUGGGGACAUAAUCAACGCCAGGUUCAUACGAAACCUGCAGGAACGCCGCAGCACCAGGCCUUGGUGAUCACAGCCCCCUCGGGCUCUUUCCAAGCCGAUACUUUUACUCCCUCACCGCAGAACAGCGCCAAAGCUCAGCCCACAAAAUGGAUGGAUGCAUUCAUUCAUUCAUUCAUUCAACAGCCUGUCCGCUUCACAUCGUUUGU